AUGGUCCAGAGGUCAACUCUGUCCUUCUGUGAUAAAGCGCCCACUCUCUGUUUUUGCCUGGCGUGCCUGCAGACCGACGCCGUCCUCGCUGCCAGCGGAUUCAUUUUCAUCAUGUCGUCACUUAUUCGUUUCUGGCGGCGGCUGCACGUGGACCAUCCUCCGUGUGGACCGUCGCUGAGCAGCAGCUACGUCCACGGCGCGUCCGCCGUCUCGCUGCUCUCGGCGACGGUGGGCCAGAGCCUGGAGGCCGCCGCCCGGCGCUGGCCCCAGCGCGAAGCCGUGGUCUUCCUGCAGGACGGCGUCAGGAAAACCUUCGAGCGCUUUCAGCGGGACGUCGACCAGGCGGCCGCGGGGCUGCUGGCUCUGGGCCUGCAGCGAGGGGACCGUCUGGCCGUUUGGGGGCCCAACACGUACGAAUGGAUCCUUUUCCAGUUUGCCACAGCCAAGGCGGGAAUCAUUCAGGUGUCCUUAAACCCGGCCUAUCAGCUCAAAGAAGUGGAGUUCACACUCAAAAAGGUGCAGUGCAAAGCGGUGGUUUGUCCCAGCAGCUUUAAGACGCAAAGGUUCUGCGAGAUGCUCCGGCAGAUUUGCCCGGAGAUCAACACGUCGCCGCCGGGGGCCAUCCGCAGCUCCAGGUUGCCAGAUCUGCGCGUGGUGAUCGUGACGGACAGCCGGGAGGCGGACAUGCUGCACACGGACGACGUUUUCCAAGCGGCGGAGAGUCGUCACCGGCGCCGGCUGAGCGAGCUUCACGGCAAACUGUCGUGCGACGACGCCAUCAACAUUCAGUUCACCUCCGGCACCACCGGCAACCCCAAGGGAGUCACGCUCUCCCACCACAACGUGGUGAAUAACGGCUACUUCCUGGGGCUCCGAGCGGGUUACGACCGGAGGCCUCGGGUGCGGGUGUGUACGCCGGUGCCCAUGUACCACUGCUUCGGGUCGGUGGUGGGCGGCAUGUGCAUGGCCCUGCACGGCAUCACGCUGGUCUUUCCGUCCACCGCCUACGACAGCCGAGCCAACCUGGAGGCCAUUCACAAGGAAAAGUGCACGUUCAUCUACGGCACUCCCACCAUGUUCACAGACAUGCUGAGCCAGAAAGAUCUGGAAAAGUACGAUUUGUCCUCAAUGGAAGGCGGUAUCAUGGCGGCGUCCCCGUGCGCCCCCGAGCUGGUGGCCAACGUGCGGGCCAAGAUGAACGUGAAAGAGAUCAUGAUCGGCUACGGCACCACGGAGAACAGCCCCGUCACCUUCUUGGGCUUCCCGCUCGACAACGACGACCUCAAGCUCAACACGGUCGGCUGCGUCAUGCACCACGUCGAGGCCAAGGUGGCGGACGUGGACACGGGCGAGACGGUCCCGCUGGGCGCCGCCGGGGAGCUGCUGAUCCGGGGCAGCUGCGUGAUGCUCGGCUACUGGGACGACCCCGACAAGACCCGAGAGGUGGUCGGCCCCGACCGCUGGUACAGGACCGGGGACGUGGCCCGCCUCAACGCGCUGGGCUACGGCUCCAUCGAAGGUCGCAUCAAGGACAUGAUCAUCCGCGGGGGCGAGAACAUCUACCCCGCCGAGGUCGAGAGCUUUCUCUACACCAACGGCAAAGUGCAGGAGGUGCAGGUGGUCGGAGUGAAAGACGAGCGUCUCGGGGAGCAAGUGUGCGCUUGCAUCAGGCUCAAGGAAGGACAAACGAGCACGGCGGACGAGAUCAGAACGUUCUGCAAAGGCCAGAUUUCGCACUUCAAAAUCCCGCACUACGUGGUGUUCGUGGACAGCUACCCACUGACUGCCAGCAGAAAGAUCAAGAAGAACGUAUUGAAGGUGGACAUGGAGAAGCAUCUGGGCCUGUAGAAAACUCCGGAAGAAAG